CGCCGCUUGGCCGUGCGCUUCCCACACCGGAAAUGCCCGAGCGCUUCCGGAGAUUGCCGAAGGGCCGGCCCAGGCUGCGUGAGGGGGAGCGACGACGGCGGCGGCGGCUGAGGCGGCUGGAGGGCGAUGAAGAGCGGCCGGGCCCGGAGUUGCUGAGGCGACCCAGGCGGCCGGGAAAAGGGGACGCCGAGCGCCAUGGCGGCCAAUAUGUACCGGGUGGGCGAUUAUGUCUAUUUUGAGAAUUCCUCUAGCAAUCCCUACCUCGUCCGUCGCAUUGAGGAGCUCAACAAGACGGCCAAUGGCAACGUGGAGGCGAAAGUGGUUUGCCUCUUCCGACGGAGGGACAUCUCCAGCAGCCUCAACAGCCUGGCUGACAGCAACGCUCGGGAAUUUGAAGAAGAAUCGAAGCAGCCUUCCGUUUCCGAGCAGCAGCGGCAUCAGCUGAAGCAUCGCGAGCUGUUCCUGUCCCGCCAGUUCGAGUCCCUGCCCGCCACUCACAUACGGGGAAAGUGCAGCGUUACCCUCCUCAAUGAAACGGAUAUCCUCAGCCAGUACUUGGAUAAAGAGGACUGUUUUUUCUACUCGCUGGUUUUCGACCCCGUUCAGAAGACCCUCUUAGCUGACCAGGGGGAGAUCCGGGUGGGCUGCAAGUACCAGGCGGAGAUCCCCGAGCGCCUGGCGGAAGGGGAAUCCGACAACCGGAACCAGCAGAAGAUGGAGAUGAAGGUGUGGGAUCCGGACAACCCCUUGACCGACCGGCAGAUCGACCAGUUCCUCGUGGUGGCUCGGGCGGUGGGAACUUUCGCGCGAGCUCUCGACUGCAGCAGCUCCAUCCGCCAGCCCAGCCUUCACAUGAGUGCGGCGGCAGCUUCUCGGGAUAUCACGCUGUUCCACGCAAUGGACACCCUGCAGCGUAACGGCUACGAUUUAGCCAAGGCCAUGUCGACUUUGGUGCCCCAGGGCGGGCCUGUGUUGUGCCGGGACGAGAUGGAGGAAUGGUCGGCUUCGGAAGCCAUGCUGUUUGAGGAGGCCCUGGAGAAAUACGGCAAGGACUUCAACGACAUUCGGCAGGAUUUUCUCCCUUGGAAGUCCUUGGCUAGCAUCGUGCAGUUCUACUACAUGUGGAAAACUACGGACCGAUACAUCCAGCAGAAACGGUUGAAAGCGGCGGAAGCCGACAGCAAAUUGAAGCAAGUGUAUAUCCCAACCUACACAAAACCGAAUCCGAAUCAAAUCAUCUCCGUGGGCUCCAAGCCCGGAAUGAACGGCGCCGGGUUCCAGAAAGGCCUCACCUGUGAGAGUUGCCACACCACCCAAUCCGCCCAGUGGUACGCCUGGGGCCCCCCCAAUAUGCAGUGCCGCCUCUGCGCCUCUUGCUGGAUCUAUUGGAAGAAAUACGGGGGGCUGAAGACCCCGACGCAGCUGGAGGGAGCUGCCCGCAGCAUCACAGAGCCCCACUCUCGGGGCCACACGUCUCGGCCGGAAGCCCAGAGCCUCUCGCCGUACACCACCAGCGCCAACCGGGCCAAGUUGCUGGCGAAAAACCGGCAGACCUUCCUCCUUCAGACCACCAAGCUGACCCGCAUCGCCCGGCGCAUGUGCCGGGAUAUCUUGCAGCCGCGGCGAGCCGCCCGGCGCCCUUACGCGCCCAUCAACUCCAACGCCAUCAAGGCUGAAUGCUCGAUCCGGCUUCCCAAGGCGGCCAAGACGCCCCUCAAAAUCCACCCGCUGGUCCGUCUUCCUCUGGCUACCAUUAUCAAGGAGCUGGCUGCCCAGGCGCCUCUCAAACCCCGAACCCCUCGGGGCACCAAGACGCCCAUCAACCGGAAUCAGCUGACCCCAAACCGAGGCUUGGCUGGCAUCGUCAGCAAACGGACUUUCGAGAACGUGGCAGGGGGCGGGCUCCCCUUCUCGGCCAACGGACGGCCCCUAACGUCCGGCAUGAGGUCAAGCAGUCAGCCUGCCCUGAAACGUCAGAAGCUGAACCCGGCCGACGCCCCCAAUCCUGUCGUUUUUGUGGCGACCAAGGACACCAGAGCCCUGCGCAAGGCCCUGAGCCACCUGGAGAUGCGCCGGGCUGCCCGCCGUCCCAACCUGCCGGUGAAGGUGAAGUCAUCCCUGCCACUCAGGCCUCUGGGGACUCCCCUGUUGCCCGUGCCCCCAGUCCAUCCUGCCAGCACCAGCGAACCCAUCGUCCUGGAAGACUGAGUGCUGAGCUCCUCCCUCAGCCCCUCUAGGAAUCCGCUAGCCACCUCGAUCCACACCGGAGGCCCUUUGCGAGAGUCCCCGUCGCCCAGCGUUUGCCGGUUUACGGGCCGGGGGGGAAGGGGGCGGGCCUGCCCUCUUCCCCGGGGGUGUGGGGUUUGGGCCCUGGAUCUCCCGCCCUCUCUUUUUUAUAUAUAAAUAUAUUUUUAAUUUCCACAUUUUACAUUUGUACUUCCCCCACCCCUCCCUUCCUCCUCGGCCCAGCCUCUUCUCCUCCUCCUCUUCCUCUUCAAUGAUCUGAAUGCACAAAUUCGCCUGGGUCGUUAUUUUUUUUUUUAAAGGGGCGCCCUCGUUUUUCACCGGGGACGCGGGCGGCGCUAAGAGGGGCGUGGAAUUGGGAGGAACAGGGGGGGGCGUCCCUUUUCCAAACGGCCUCCUUUUCCCACCUCAUCGCUCUUUUCCCCCCUUCUCUGUGUCGUUUCUUCCUUCUCGGAUCCCUUAAAAAAUCUUCUCUCUUCCCCCCCCCCUGCUCCCCUCCCCAAUUUGGGAACAAGGAGCCUUGGCGAUAUCCUUGUUGACGCAGCCAUCUUAUAAAUCCCCCCCCCCCUCUCCCCUCUUUUCUCCCCCUUCUCAGCCUUUGACGAAUUCCCUUUUUUUUGUACAUGGUUUGGAGAGCAAAAAAAAAAAAGUCAGGUUUUUUUAAAGUCAGCCUCUGGUUCUUAUAGCACUGACGACAAAAAAAUGAAUAAAAUAAAUGCCGUUUUCUUCA